UUCAGCAACACUAAACAUACUAGCAAUGGCUAUCAGAAUUAUCAGUCUGUUUGCGUUGAUCGCUGUUGGCAGCGCAGGUCUUUUGCCAGUAGCUGUGAAGCACGUGGAAUAUCCGGAUGCUCCUGCGGAAUAUCACUUCUCAUACUCCGUUCACGAUGAUCAUACCGGAGACAUCAAGAGCCAAAACGAGGAACGUCAUGGUGAUGAUGUCAAAGGCCAGUACAGUUUAAUCGACGCUGAUGGCUACCAGCGCAUCGUUGACUACACUGCCGAUGAACACAAUGGAUUCAACGCCGUCGUCCGCCGUGAACCUCUGGCCCAUAAGGUUGCCAAGGAGGUGGCCCCAAUUGCACACCAUUACGUUGCUCCUGCUCCGGUGGCCAAAAUUGCUCUGCCUGUGGCGAAGGUCGCCGUCCCGAUCGCCAAGGUCGCCUAUCCAGCUCACCUUACAACCGUCAGCUUUCCGGCACCAAGCUUAAGUUAUCACUACUAGAACAAUUU